AUGGAUGUCAUCAGCCCCCUUUCGCUGCUCCUGCUGUUUCAGUUCGUCUGCGCGUCGUAUGCAAUUGAGGGACGAGGCUUUCUUGGACAUUUGGACCCAGAAGACUCACAGCAAGUGGUUUUGGACCAGGCAGCUAUAGCCACCCUCAAGAGUGACCUCACUACCGUCUUCAUCCCGAUUCUGUACAUCAUAGUGUUUGUUGUGGGACUCCCUGCAAACGGCAUGGCUAUCUAUGUGUUCAUGUUUCGGAUUAAAAAGAAGCAUCCAUCAUCAAUCUACAUGGCCAAUUUGGCUUUGGCUGACCUCCUGUUUGUUAUCUGGAUUCCUUUAAAGAUAGCAUACCACUUUAAUGGAAAUAACUGGAUCUACGGAGAACCUCUUUGUAAAGUAUUAGUGGGAUUUUUCUAUGGGAACAUGUACUGUUCAAUUCUGUUUAUCGCCUGCCUCAGCGUGCAGAGGUACUGGGUUGUGGCUCACCCACUAUCACAUCAAAGGAAGAACAACAAGGUGGCUAUAGCGGUCUGUGUGGCCGUUUGGGCUUUCAUUUGGCUCACAACAACUCCUCUGUACCUGUAUGAGCAGACGGCUAAGCUCAAAGACCCCAACAUCACUACAUGCCAUGACGUGAACAUCAUCAAGGACCCUCUGAAUCCAUUUCCUUCAGUCCAGCUGCCAUUCUAUUACUUCAUCUUUAUGGGAUUGGUAGUUUUCCUGGUCCCAUGUGUAGUUAUAAUUAUUGCUUACAUUAUGUUGCUCAGAGCAUUAGGAAACUGUAUGGAUGACAAUGCAGCUGCCAAGAACCGUCACAAAGCUGUAGUAUUGAUAGUGGUUGUAUUGGUCACUUUUGUGGUGUGCUUUAUCCCAAGUAACAUCAUGCUGGUUGUGCACUACUCCCUGUUAAAAGAUGGACUGCCCAACAAUGGCUACAGCUUCUACAUCUCCACGUUAUGUCUUGCCAGUCUCAACAGCUGCCUGGAUCCCUUCAUCUACUACUUUGUGUCUGAGGACUUCAGAAACCAUGUAAAGAACACAUUUUUGUGUCGCAGUAGCAGAACUGUGGAGCGGAUGAGAGUGUCGUUUAGUUCAAUGAAAUACUCUAGAAAGUCCAAGUCAUAUGUGUCGAGCUCUGGGACCACACAGACCAGCUCCUGUUAG